CGCGGCAGCUGAUUUUGUCUGCACACGGCCCCCGUAGCCUUUCCGUCCAAAAUCAUUUACGCGGCCGCGACCGGUAGUGACGUCACGAGAUUUGGAGCUCGCGGGAAAACUUGUUUCUGUGUUGUGGGGAGGACGCGCUGGCGCGGGAUUUUCAAGCGUAGGCCCCCGGGAGCUCGAGCUGCCAUGAGCCUCUGGGUGGACAAGUAUCGGCCCUGCUCUUUGGGACGGCUGGACUAUCACAAGGAGCAGGCGGCCCAGCUGCGGAACCUGGUGCAGUGUGGUGACUUUCCUCAUCUGUUAGUGUAUGGACCAUCAGGUGCUGGAAAAAAGACAAGAAUUAUGUGUAUUCUACGUGAACUUUAUGGUGUUGGAGUGGAAAAAUUGAGAAUUGAACAUCAGACCAUUACAACUCCAUCUAAAAAAAAAAUUGAAAUUAGCACCAUUGCAAGUAACUACCAUCUUGAAGUUAAUCCUAGUGAUGCUGGAAAUAGUGACCGAGUAGUCAUUCAGGAGAUGUUGAAAACAGUGGCACAAUCACAACAACUUGAAACAAACUCUCAAAGGGAUUUUAAAGUGGUAUUAUUGACAGAAGUUGACAAACUCACCAAAGAUGCUCAGCAUGCCUUGCGAAGAACCAUGGAAAAAUAUAUGUCUACCUGCAGAUUGAUCUUGUGCUGCAAUUCUACAUCUAAAGUGAUCCCGCCUAUUCGUAGUAGGUGCUUGGCGGUUCGUGUGCCUGCUCCCAGCAUUGAAGAUAUUUGCCACGUGUUAUCUACUGUGUGCAAGAAGGAAGGUCUGAAUCUUCCUUCACAACUGGCUCAUAGACUUGCAGAGAAGUCUUGUAGAAAUCUCAGAAAAGCCCUGCUUAUGUGUGAAGCCUGCAGAGUGCAACAAUAUCCUUUUACUGCAGAUCAAGAAAUCCCUGAGACAGAUUGGGAGGUGUAUCUGAGGGAGACUGCAAAUGCUAUUGUCAGUCAGCAAACUCCACAAAGGCUCCUUGAAGUUCGUGGAAGGCUGUAUGAGCUUCUAACUCAUUGUAUUCCUCCUGAGAUAAUAAUGAAGAUGAGAAACUGGAUCCAGCUGAUCAUGGGUGCCACUCUGAUAAAUUCACAGCUACCAACCAAGAAAUGGGCUGUCAACACUGCCCAACGGACAUAUGUUUCUCUGAUCAAGUCUCCACAAUGCCUUUUCCAAAACUUAAUUUGGAGCAAAUAACUUUACCUUCUUGUUAGCUACCAAAACCAAAUCGAUCUGCAGCCUAUGUUACCAUAUCCUCAUUUGUAUGCAUCCUGUUGACUAUAUCUACGUUUAUAUGCAACCUAUAUUCUCCUAAUACAGUAGAGAAGCUGCCCAUCUUCCUUGUUAAGCUUCCCAUCUUGUUGGGUUUGUUCUAUGUUGAUUGUCUUUUUUUUUUUUGAUGAUUAAUCAUGUUUUUCUACUUCUUUGUUGAGUAAUUGUGAACAGUAGUUCACAAUUAUGGUUAUGAAUGAUUUGGGCUUUAGAGAUUACAGAAGAACGUAUUUGCAGAAUUAGGGUUCAAGCUCUCUUGUUCUCUCUUUUAAAGGAUUGCCUCUAUCAUUUUCUAGCAGCAGUGGCUGCCCCCUAGUCUUCUGGUUCUUUAAUCCAAUAAGACAGUAAAGUUUUCGUAAGAGUUUUAGCUGCCCAUGUUAGUGAUGACUGUGGCCUGCCCUCAGGCUAAAUGCCCUAAAAAUGAAAAACUCUAGUGCUCUGCCCACCUUCCAGUUGUUGACUACCUUCCAGUUUCUGCUGUUCUUCUCUCUCCAGCAGUUGUUUUUUCUACUACCGUUUUAUUAUUUGUUUUCUGGUUGUUUUGUGGCCUUCCUUCCCUCCUUCUUGCUUGCCUGCUUACGUGAUUUUCUCAGUGGUGUGUUUCAAUAUCUUGCUUUUUCUUGUCUGUGUAUCUGUUGUAGGAUUUUUUAUUUGAGGUUACCAUCAGGUUUGCAAAUAAUAUAACUCAUUAUUUUAAACUGAUGACAAUUUAACACUAAUUUCAAAAACUAACAGAGAAAACUAAUAAAAAUUCUACAAUUUAACUUCAUCGCUUCUGCUUUUUAACUUUUGGUUAUUUCUGUUUAUAUCUUAUUAUGCUAUGUUCUGAAAAGUUGUUGUAGUUAUUUUUGAUAGGUUCAUCUUUUAGUCUUUCUAUUCAAGAUAUGGAUAGUUUACACACCACAAUUACAGUGUUAUAAUAUUCUGUGUUUGUCUAUGUACUUACUAUUGCCAGUGAGUCUUGUACCUUCAGAUGAUUUCUUGUUUCUCAUUAACAUUCUUUUCUUUCAGAGCGAAGAAAUCCCUUUGGCAUUACUUGUAUGAUAGGUUUAGUGUUGAUGAAAUUCCUCAGCUUUUGUUUAUCUGGGAAAGUCUAUAUUUCUCCUUAAAUGUUUGAAGGAUAUUUUCACAGGAUAUAAGUCUAGGAUAAAAUAUAUUUUCCUUCAGCACUUUAAAUAUGCCAUGCCACUCUUUCCUACCUGUAACAUUUCCAUAGUGAAAUCUGCUGCCAGACAUAUUGGAGCCCCAUUGUAUGUUGUUUGUUUCUUUUCUGUUGCUGCUUUUAGGAUCCUUUAUCCAUGACCUUUGGGAGUUUGAUUAUUAGAUGCCUUGAGAUAGUCUUAUUUGGGUUAAAUCUUGGUGUUCUAUAAUUUUCUUGAACUUGAAUGUUGACAUCUUUCUCUAGGCUUGGGAAGUUCUCUGUUACUAUCCAUUUGAAUAAACUUUCUACCUCUAUAUCUCUCUCUACCUUUUCUUUAAGGCCAGUAACUCUUAGAUAUGCCCUCUUGAAGAUAUUUUCUAGAUCUUGUAGGCAUGCUUCAUUCUUUUUUAUUCUUUUUUCUUUUGUCUCCUCUGACUGUAUAUUUUCAAAUAGCCUGUCUUCAAGCUCAUUAAUUCUUCUUUUUGAUCAAUUCUGUUAUUAAAGGGCUCUGAUGCAUUUAUUAAUAGGCCAAUUGAAUUUUUCAGCUGCAGAAUUUCUGCUUGAUUUUUAAAAACUUUUCAGUGUCUUUGUUACAUUUAUCUAAUAGGACUCUGACUUGCUUCUCUAUGUUAUCUUGAAUUUCAUUGCACUUCCUCAAAACAGCUAUUUGGAAUUCUCUGUCUGAAAGGUCACAUAUCUCUUUCACUUCUGGAUUGGUCACUGAUACCUUAUGUAGUUUGUUUGGUGAGGUCAUGUUUCCUGGAUGACCCUGCUGCUUGUGGAUGUUCAUAGAUGUAUGGACAUUGAAGAGUUACGGUAUUUAUUGUAGUGUGGGCUUGUUUAUACCUGUCCUUCUUGGGAAGGCAUUCCAAGUAUUGAGAGAGAAUUGAGUGUUGUGAUCCAAGUCUGGUUACUGUAGCCAUAUAUGCAUUAGGGGGCACCCCAGUAAUGCUGUGACUCUUUCAGGCUCAUAGAGAUACUGCCUUGGUGGUCUUGGGUAAGAUACAAGAGAAUUCCCUAGAUUACUAAGCAGAGACUCUUGUUCUCUUCCCUUUUCUCCAAACAAAUGGAAUUUCUGUCUCUCCAUGCUGAGUUGCCUGGAGCUAGGGGAGAGGUGAUACAAGCAUGCCUAUGACCACCACCACUGGGACUGUGCUAUGUCAGGACUGAAGCCAGAACAUCUCUGAGUCUCAUCCAAGACAUACAGCAAAUACUGCCUGGGUACAACUGAUGUUUUUCAAGGCCCAAGGGCUCUUUAGUCAGCAGAUUAUGAAUUCUGCCAGAGCUGGGUUCUUCCCUUCAAGGCAGCGGGUUCCCUUCUGGCCCAGGGUGUGUCUACAAAGGUCAUCCAGGAGCUAGGUUCUGGAAUGAGGCCCUCAGGACUCUACCAAGUGUGCUGUCCUACUGUGGCUGAGCAGGUCUCCAAGUUGCAAGACAAAGUCCUCUUUACUCUUCCCUCCCCUCUCCUCAAGUGGAGGGAAGGAAUCUCUUCUGCAGCUGCAAUUUGUACUGCCUGGGAUUGGAGGAGGGGUGAUGCAGGCACUCCCUUGGCUGCCCUGGCUGGUGUCUCACUGGGUCUUGUGUAUCCCAAGUCGGCUGACUCAAGCACGGUACAGCACCAGAGCUUGCCCAGGAAUUGCAGUCUUGUGGCACAGACUGCUAUUCAAGUUUAUUUAGGACCCCAGAGUGCUUUAGCCCAUGAUGAUGGUGCUAGCUGGAACUCAGUUUCUGCCCACUGGGAUAGACAGUUCCCCUGUGGCUAGGGCUGGUCUAAAUGCUCCCUCUGUGGGUUCUGUCAUGUGUUGCUCUCCACUGUGACGGGGAAGCACUGUCCAGUGCACACAGAUUCUCUCUUUUUUUUUUUUUUUUUGACGGAGUCUCACCCUGUUGACCAGGCACUCAAGUGCAGUGGUGCGAUCUUGGCUCACUGCAGCCUCCGCCUCCUAGGUUCAAGCGAUUCUCCUGCCUCCCUCUCCCGAGUAGCUGGGAUUACAGACACCUGCCACCACACGCGGCUAAUUUUUGUAUUUUUAGUAGAGACAGGGUUUCACCAUGUUGGCCAGGCUUCUCUUGAACUCCUGACCUCAGGUGAUCCACCUGCCUCGGCCUCCCAAAGUGCUGGGAUUACAGGCGUGAGCCACCAUGCCUGGCCUACACAGAUUCUCUCUGCACCAUGCUGCAGCUGGUGGGGGAUGAGAGAGGGGUGUGUAGGCAAUUCAAUACUGUCUUUCCUACCUUCUACAGUGCCUUUUUCUUUAAUACAAUGUUAAAAUCAGGUACUGUGAUCACUCAUCUGAUUUCUUGUUCUUACAAAGGUGCUUUCUUGUGUGGGUAGUAAUUUGGUGUUCCUGCGGUGGGGGAGGGGGAUAAUCUCUAGGAGGUGCUAUCUGGCCAUCUUGCUUCUCCUCCUCCUCCAGCAGUUGCUUUUUAUAAGUUUGUUCAAAGCUUAUAGUUGUUAUCUACUGUAAGAUUGUCAGCCAUACCAGAAGCAGAAAUUCCAUCUCAUUGUUUUAUAAAUAUGGUCAAGUAUCUCUUUUAAAAAAAAAAUCAUUCAUAUACCUCACAUCCUCAUCUUGCACCCUCUCUUUCUACUCUUUACACAUUUUUGAAGUGUUUUCUGUUCAUAUUGCCUACAUUUUCUUAGUUUGCAAUCCAUUUUAAUCUGGUUUUCCUUCUUAUAACUUCAAAAAUACAAUUUAGUCUAAAAGAUAGGGAGGUAUGUAUGUGUGUAUCUCCAUCCAGUGAAUUCUUGCUCUGUAUCCAGUGAACUUUUAAUUGACCUCAGCAAUAUGUGUUGCCCUUUCUUGAAUCUCCUUUUUCCAUGGUUUCCCUGAGACAAAUAUUCUCUUGUAUUUUUUCGCCUACAUCUUUGGCUGCUCACUUUACAGGCUUUUUCUUACCAAGCCAUCAAAUGUGGAAUAUAGCUUUAUUCUCGACUCUCUGCUGCUCAUAAGAUUCUCUCCCUGGGUGACCUUAUACAUGCCCAAGGCUUCAUAUACCAUCUAUUAGCUGUUAACUCCAUUUAUAUGAGCUCAAACUUUAUCUGAAUUUCACACUUAUGCAUCUAAACACCUAUCUGACGUUCGUUCACAGAUACUUCAGAGACAUCUCAAACUGAACAUGUUCCACACUGAGCUUUUGAUCUCUUCCAGCCCAAAGUAGACCUUUCCCAUUGUUCCUUUCUCAAUGUCAUCUUUUCUGAUUCUUUUCCAUGUUCUACAGCAGUGGGGAUUAUCUGGGGUUCUACCUAAUUUUCUUUAUUCAGUGACCAGCUUAAUAUCUGUCUUUUCCAUCCUCCUUCCCCCUUUCUACUUCUGUUCAUGAGACAACUCAGUUUUGAGUUCAAAAAGAGUACAUGUGCUGAUGAUUCCCACAUCCAGACAUGAGGUGCUUUUCCUAAUACAACCAUCAGCCAUUUCAAUUUUGGUUUAUCUAAAACAAAUUCACCAGCAUCUGUUAAACCAGCUACUUCUCUUAGCUUAUUGCUUGUGUCAGGGUACUACUUUUCUUCUAGAUACCGGGUGUAAACCUUUAGCAUGUAAGUUGACUGCUCUCUCCAUUUUGACAGUCAUUUGUCAAGCUCUGGCCUUUAUCCCUUGUAGAUGGAUGUUGCUUUCAUCUCUCCCUGUAUUUGUCAUCAAAUGAACCAUAACAGGCAGACUAGAUGGACUCAUGGCUAGGCAUACUCAGAUGAGCAUAAGAGAUUUAAACCAAAAGCAUGGAUGUCAUUCAAAACAGCUAUUUGUGCAUUUAAAAAUCAAUAAUUCUUCAUACUCAACAUGGCAAGUAAUUGCUAUUAAAAAGAGAUAGAAAUGUAAAUAUUUAGAUUUAGACCACUAAGGGCAACUUCUAUCCAUUCAUUUGUUCAGAAAAAUAUUUAUUGAGCACCUGCUGUUUGCCAUGGCUUUUUUUAAGGUACUGGGGAUACAGCAGGACAAAAUUGACAUAGGUUUCCUUUGUGGAGUUUACAGCCUAUCACAAAGAGAUGAAUGCAGGAUGAUAGAUAGAUAGAUAGAUAGAUAGAUAGAUAGAUUUGUGGAGUUUACAUCCUGUCACAAAGAGAUGAAUGCAGGAUGAUAGAUAGAUAGACAGACAGACAGACAGACAAACUGAUAAAAUAUUCUAUGUCAUGUGUGCUGUGGAGGUGGAGAAUUUUGGUUUGUUGUUUUACAUAGACUGUGUUACACAGUAAUUUACAUAGUCCAGGCAGACUAAACAGUAUAUGCAAGACCUGAAGCAGGAAGGAAUAUGCCAGUGGAAUAGGUUGGGCAAAUGGGAAAAUGGCAAAAGAUCAGGUGAGAACAUUGAGCUAACAUGGAGGUGAGGUGGGAUAGAUCAUAUAGGGUACUGGUAUUCUGGUAAAUGUUUAGCAGCUGGCUCUCUAGGGAAAAAAAUCAAUAAUAAAAGGUCCUGAUCUGUAGUGUUUGCAAUUUUUCUGGUGUAAACACUCUUACCAUAGCCAAUUUCAAGCUAGCAAUGGAAAAUAUAACAGUCAGCUCUUGUGAGCUAGUAUAACCCUUCUCCAGGCCAUCACUGAUAUAGAGCCUUGUAGGACAAUUGCAGUGAUUUUUUUUUUAAGUGAGAAAGGAUGCCACUAAAGAAUAUUAGAGUAGGCCAGGCUCAGUGGCUCAUGCCUGUAAUCCCAAAGGAGGCCGAGGCUGGCAGAUCAGUUGAGGUAAGGAGUUUGAGACCAGCCUGGCCAACGUGGUGAAGCCCUGUUUCUAAUAAAAAUACAAAAAGUUAGCUGGGAGUAGCGGUGCAUGUCUGUCAUCCCAGCUACUCAGGAGGCUGAGGCAAGAGAAUCACUGGAACCGGGAGGCAGAGGUUUUAGUGAGCCGAGAUUGCACCACCACACUCCAGCCUGGACUAUACAGAGUAAGACUCUGUCUCAAAAAAAAACAAACCAACAAACAAAAAAGUAUUAGAGUUACGAUGUGUUCAGGUUUCUGUUUCAACAAUCAACUGGCUGCUGGGUUGAGAAUAAUAAUUACAUGUUAACAUUUGUCUGUUUUCUUUGAUUUACAUAGUGCUAGCUUACACAUUGUUUUCAAUUAUUAAUUGUCAAUAUUUAAAAAUAUAGAAAUACUUCAAAAACAUAAACUUCUUGAUUUUCUUAAAAAAUCAAAUUUGAUCUUUAUGUUACUAAUUUGAAUUGUGGAGUGGCUAUCUUUUUUACAUAGGUAUGCAUUUUCCAUUUCUCACCAGUUUUAGCUAUUAUUUUACACAGUUUUUUCUUUGUUUUUAAAUUGUGGAGAUGAGAAAAAUAAACUUUCUAAUAACCAACCCUUUUAUCAAAAUUGGUGUAAAAUGAGAGGUAAGAGAGGGUUAUAUGGUUCAAGAAAAAUUGAGCAUGCGUAUUUCUUUAUAGAUGUAAAGGAUAUUUUUAAUUUAUAAUAAAAUGUAUCUAUUUUGAAGGAAUACAGCUUAAUAUAUCAUUAUGAAACAAAUCAUACAACAGGUUAUGAUUAGGUGUGAAAGAUGAUUUUUUAAAUUGAUACACUGACAAAACAUCAAAAUUUAAUCAGGCUUUGAUUUUAAAUUGAUUGAAAUAAAUUAUGUUCUUGUAAAAUUAAUAUUUACUAUAUGAAAAAUUGUCAGAAUAGCAAAACAAUUUGCAAAUGUCAGUUUCAUAAAUGAGUGAGUACAAUAUAUAUUGACUUAGAAAAACAAACAUUAGCAAAAGUAUAUCUAAACAUAAGUAUUGUUUUGAAAAUACAGUUAACUUACAGGACAAACUCAUUUUAUGCUGUUUUUAAUGAUGAUCAAAGUGCAGAUAUUUAAAAUACAUCACUGAAUUAAGUUAGUUUUGUACAUGAUAAUUUUAAUAAAGGAUUUGAAAACUUGA